GCGGCAGGCGGACCGCAGGGAGAAGAAGAGAUUUUAAGGACAGUUACAAAAGUUAAAGAAGAGGAGAAAUCAUGACACAAAACAGUGAACUCAUCGACCGCCUCUCCUCGCCAUUAAACGUGACAUCCCUCAUCAUGGCGAAUGUGUCACCUAUGAAAUAUUGAUUUUUGUCAUCUAACGUUACACCAACUUGAGGAUAUAAUGCCGGGAAACGGAUGAGAACUAGGCUACUGCAGACGCUUGGAAUCGCAGUCGGGAUUGUUUUCGUGUAUAUAACUAAUAUAUGAGAGGAGGAUUAUAUGACUGCACGAGUGUUUGGGCCGACCCGUUAUAUUUCUCAUCAUAUUUGAGCAUGGGAAUGUCGUCCACCGCUGUGAUCUCAUAGUCCCGUGGGACGUGAUGCAGCCACGCGUAGAUGUCAAGAUGGGUGAUGCCGCAGAGAUCAAGGAGAGCAAGAGGACGUUCAUCGUGCCGACCAUCAAAUCUGUGGAUCACUAUGAUUUCACAAGGGCCAAGAUAUCGUGCAGUUUGACGUGGCUCAUCGCCAAAGCCUUUGGAUCUGACUGUGUACCCGUGGAGUUGGACGAUCCGUUUUACCGGGACCAGUAUGAUCAGGAGCAUGUGAAGCCUCCGGUUGUGUCUCUGCUGCUGUCCGCGGAGUUGUAUUGCCGUGCGGGGAGUCUGAUCCUCAGGAGCGACGCGGCUAAACCUCUGCUGGGUCACAACGCCAUCAUCCAGGCCCUCGCUCAGAAAGGCCUCUACGUCACUGACCAGGAGAGACUCGUGACUGAGAGAGACCUCUGCAAGACCCCCAUACAGAUGAGUUCUCAUCUUGCGGUGAUAGACACUUUAAUGAUGGCGUACACAGUGGAAAUGGUGAGCGUGGAGAGAGUGCUGACAUGCAUACAGAAGUUUACUCCUUUCCUUCCUGAGGAGGACUUCCCUUAUGAUGCUGAAGAGGCAAUAACCACUUGGAUAAAUAAGGUAAAUGAACAACUAAGAGACGUUUUGGCCCAAGAACAAAGAUUUAAAGAUAUAGCAGAGCCCCGCACAGUUCAAAAGGGACAGUACAAGAGAGACUACUCUAAAACACUUCCUGCUCUUUGUCUUCCCCUGGUGGACAAUCUCCUGAAGGACAACAAAGACGGCUGUGCACUGGCUGCACUGCUGCACUUCUACUGUCCUGAAGCUGUGCUACUGGAAGAUAUCUGUAUCAAAGAAACAAUGUCAUUGGCUGACAGUCUGUACAAUCUCCAGCUGAUCCAGGAGUUCUGCAGGGAAAACCUCAGCAACUGCUGUCACUUCACCCUGGAGGAUAUGCUGUACGCCUCCAGCACCAUCAAGAGUAACUACCUUGUGUUUAUGGCAGAGCUAUUCUGGUGGUGUGAAGUUGUGAAACCAUCUUUUGUUCAGCCCCGCACAGUCAAUACCAAAGCUUUUGAUCCAUCCCAGUUCAAUAAUCUGGCUCCCAUACCCAAACAAAACCUGAUCCACAGACCAGGCAGUCCAGAGCAGUCUAGGUCACAACCUGAAAAUGACAAUUCAGCAGUUAUCAGGCAGUCAUCAUCCAUGUCCUUUGUGGACGGAUGUGUGGGGACAUGGCCAAAAGAGAAACGGUCUUCAGCUCAUGGGAUAUCAUUUGAGAUUCCACUUGAUGACAGCUCAAGUUCAUCUUCAAGACGUGGACUGAGUCGAUCAGCAAGCACAGAAGGUUUGUGUUUUAAAGUCCACCAUGCAGCUCGAGGAAUGCGGAGGAACCUUUCGUUCCAGCCCGUCAACGGGAACGCCAACAGCAAAAUACACGAGGAGGAUGAUGAGAAAUCCAGCAGACGUCGUCUGGGAAACUACACUGGGUACUCAAAUGGUAUGUCAGCAGAUAACCUCAGCCCUUCGUAUGACCCUCAGCCCAACACUCCUAGUAUAGAAGAAGCUCUGAAGAUCAUCCAUGACUCUGAACAACCCCACAGCAGCUUGCAGCCCCCAUCUGGAGACAGCGCCUUUUUCCUGCACAACCCUUCUUCCCACAACUCCGGCACUGACUCAAACGAUUCCGAGGACUCUCUUUCCAAGGUCAGAGCAGACGAUGCGGACCUAAAUUCCACCUCUACUGACAUGGACACUGGAAUCCAUGUCCGUACUGAGGACAUCCAGGAUGGGCAGGAUGAGGAUUCGUCCCUGAAGGACUACUCGGACAUGGACCAGGACCAUGAAGCUCGUUCCUGCCCACUUCCGGAGACUGUUGCCAGUCCGUGCCCAAGCCUUUUGGGAAUGCAUUCCCUGGCCACCAGCGUGGCCUCCUCGCUGGGUUCUGCAGUUCGCAUGACCAGCUUCGCCGAACAGAAAUUUCGUAAACUGAACCACGGCGAUGGCCGUAGCAGUGGUAGUGGCGGCAACACUCCUGAGAGUGGCGAGCUGAACGUCUCAUCCCCAGGAGCGACAGGAACGGUUCGCUCGAUUACUCCUGACGCACGCAGCCCUGCUCGCAUCACCUCCCCUCGCGACCCCUCGCAACUGCUGGCGUCAGAGAUGGUGCAGUUGAAGAUGAAGCUGGAAGAGAAACGCAGAGCCAUUGAGGCGCAGAAGAAGAAAGUCGAAGCGGCUUUCACGCGUCACAGGCAGCGCAUGGGCAGGACGGCCUUUCUCAACGUGGUCAGGCGUAAAGGAGUCGUGUCGCCAAUAGGGGGUGACGGCAAAGUACCAGAUGGUCAGGAAAAAGAGAUCAGUGACUCUCAACCUCUGAAGACACCCUUGAAUUCGAAUGACUCCAAUUCCAGACUUGAGAGAUGUCUACCAGACGGUGCACCGCCAAAAUCACCCCUGGAGGAAGCAGCCGUCGAGGUGGACUUGGCAGAGUACAAUCGAUCCAUCGAGCGCCUGAACACGUCUUUGAGCUUCCUACAGUCGGAGAUGCAGCGUUUGGCGCAGCAGCAGGAACGCAUCAUGCAGAUGCGCGAUCACCAGAGUUGGGUGAUUCCGCCGCCGGACCCGGCGCCACGCAAACAGCUGCGUGAGUUGCGCAGCAGCAGUGUAGUGGGCCGAGGUUCGGUUGGGUCGCUCUCCCCCAUUUUGUCAUCCACUGGCUCGCCACGCACAUCACACCGUUCGCCCUCUAUGAUCAAAAGGAAGUCCGCGUCUUUCCAUGCAAGGACGCCACGAACGCCAAGGCCCAACGACCUGAAGGUCACACCUUUCAGCCGCGUACUCAACACGCAGCAGUCGGUGGACAGCUUGCCUCGACUUAGACGUUUCUUGCCCAGCCAGAUGCAGACCAGCUCAUUUGCAUACUUGGGACAUGAUGAGGAACCUCCAAGUGAGGACGCACAAAAAUCAGCUGCAAAUCCACCGUCUGCUCAGGUGAACGCUAAUCAGGCAGAAGCAAAACAUGAUAGAAACAUGAAUGCGCCAACAUCUGAGGUUGUGUCUCAUCAGACGAUGGACCGUUCGACAGAAACCGCAAGUGGGAACACAAAUGAAGAACAGUCGCAAGAGAAGAAGGAUCUGAUUGAGGUUCCUCUCUCUAUUCUAAAGCCUCUAGAUGGGCAUGACCUGGAGAGCAACAGAGAAACAGAGACUGGACCAGACCAGAAGAUGUGCUGUGGCUUCUUCUACAAGGACGACCUGAAGGGAGAGGAGGAUGUUGCACAGAAGAAAGCAGCUCUGAUGGAGAAAAGGCUGCGGAGAGAGAAAGAGAUGCAGAUGAAGAAACAGCAACAGGAGGCCGAGAUAGAACAGAAAAAAGAAGCAGCACGAUUGAAAGCGGAAGAGGAUCUUGUGAAGAAGGAAGAAGAGAAGGCACGACGAGAGUUUAUAAGAAAUGAAUAUAUGAGGAAGAAGCAGCUGAAAUUGAUGGAUGACAUGGACAGUGUUGUUAAGCCCCGCCCCCCUGGUGUCAAGCAAAAGAAGCCACGCCCCAAAUCUAUGCACAGAGACAUCAUGGAGUCUCCGAAACCUCCAGCACGGGCAGCCACAGGGUCACGGCCUCGUGGAUAUUCCGUGUCCAGCUUAUCACUCGCCUCCCUUAACUUGGCAGACAAUGAGAGCGUCCAAUCAGAUAAGAGGACAUCUAGAGGAAGCAGACUGUCUCCUGGCAAUCUGUGUUUCUUUCUGAGCUCCCCUAAAGGGAGAAAGGGAAGGCCGGAGUCUGCUGAGGGUUUUUUGUCACCGUGUCCGUCAGUAAGUGGAAACGGGGAGAACUGGGAACUCGAAUCAACAGCAUCUGCAGCAUCUAACACAGAAUACACAGGGCCAAAGUUGUACAAGGAGCCCAGUGCUAAAUCAAAUAAAUACAUCAUCCAGAACGCACUGGCUCACUGCUGCCUUGCGGGCCGCGUCAACGAGGGACAGAAGAACAAAAUCCUGGAGGAAAUGGAGAAAACAGAAGCCAACAACUUUCUAAUUCUGUUCCGAGACUCUGGCUGCCAGUUUCGCUCUCUGUACUCAUAUUAUCCAGAAGCGGAGGAGAUCAACAAGCUAGCUGGUAUCGGGCCCAAGACCAUCACGCCCAAGAUGAUCGAGAACCUUUACAAAUACAGCUCAGAUAAGAAACAGUUCAGCAAAAUCCCCGCCAAGACCAUGUCAGCAAGCGUGGAUGCCAUCACCAUCUACAGCCACCUCUGGCAGAACAAGAAACAUAUCACACCCAAAAAACUCCUCAAAUAAGUUCACAGCUCACUUAGUGUUCCUGCCCAUCGGACAUUACAAUGCACAUCUUGAAUGUAACGAAAACACUUUUGCAGGCUUUGUUGGAUGCUCAUUUGUGGCGAACUUGAGACUCUCUGUUCCACAGUCUUUGCAGCACUGACGGAUGCGCUUUUACCCGUUUUUUUAUUUCAAACAUGUUCAAUUUUGUGGCCUUAUGCUUGUCUUGUCGUGUCUUUUAUGCAAUGCUUAACGCACAGUGACUGAGUUUAUGAGCAAGUCAUUUUGUCGUACACAACCUGCUUCUUUUGUGCUUGUGGAAAUGCAGGUGUAAAAGAAUUUUAGGGACAUACUACACUUGAAGCCUAACUUUUCUGAAGGUCAUGCAGUUGAGGAAGCAUUUCAUUUACUGGAACCCUUUUUUGGUUUAUUUAAUGUCUGUUUUUAUAUUUUGGGUAGGAUCCGUAAUCCUUGUUGCACAUCUGCUACUCCAGAAGAACUUGUGUAAUAUUAGCUACAGUAAGAGUGGUUGCUCAAGACUCUUUCUACAAAAUGAACACAUUUGUGUUGCUCUGUAUCUGUCAUGUAAAAGUAAUGAUGGGACCUUUAACUGAUGAAGUUGAGGACCAAAACUAAACAUUAGAGCUUUAGAAUUAUACGUCCCUAGACAUGUUGCAAUUACUUGUGUCACGGCCCAGAAUAUCUGUGUGCCAUGUAUGUUUGAAACAUACAUUUUAAAGAGACAGAUCUGCUAACUGACUGAGUAGUGUAAAAAUCCAUAUAAAUAAUACAGAGGACAAACUGAGAUAUUGAAUAUCAUAUAAUGAAGCUUUCAAAGAAAUGGUGAGUAUUAUUGCUAAAUGAUGUUGUUACUCAUUUUUAAUUAUGAAGUGCAUUUUAAAAGAGCUGGGAUGUUUGGUCAGCAAGACAUUUUGUCUUCUGGUGCAAAAGAAUCGAAAGAUAUUUGUUAUUUUUACUAAGUGAAGUAAAUCAUCGUUUGAAUUUAUUGAUGCUGUACAGAUAUAGUUUUACACACUAAGCAUAUUUUUUAAGCCAUUGAAUAUUACUGAUAUUUUUCAUAUGAAAAAAGAUGAUGUUUAACAGGUGCAAGUAUGGAUCAGUGAUAAAAGCUGUUCUGAGAGAUGAUCAUUUCCACACGCUGUCUAAUCUUUUUUUCAGGUCAUGUCCGCUGUGUUUGUGCAUUAUGCGCUUUGUCUGUUUGUAUUUGAAUGUUAACCUUAACAUAAAUACAGAUUUACAUCCAAAA